AUGGCCAAGACGCUCUCGCACGCCCGGAUCACGCCCCAUCGCUCCGCCGCGCGCGGGCACUCGGACCACGGCUGGCUCGACACCUACCACAGCUUCUCGUUCGCCGACUGGCACGACCCGCGGUUCAUGCGGUUCGGGUCGCUGCGGGUGCUGAACGAGGACCGCGUGCGCGCCGGCACCGGGUUCCCGACGCACCCGCACCGGGACUUCGAGAUCUUCAGCUACGUGCUGUCGGGGGAGCUGACGCACCGCGACAGCCUGCUGGGCGCGGGCGCCGAGGCCGAGGCCGGGGCCGCGGCCGCGCCCUCGCCCGCCUUCCACCGCGUGCGCCGCGGCGACGUCCAGUUCACCACCGGCGGCACCGGCAUCGCGCACUCGGAGCAGAACGAGCACGCCGCCGACCCCGUCCACUUCCUGCAGAUCUGGGCCCUGCCCUGGCGCCGCGGCCUCACCCCGCGCUACCACGUCCGCCGCUUCGACGACGCCGACAAGCGCCGCGGCUUCGUGCCCAUCCUGAGCCCGCUCCGGGCCGGCCCGCGCGCCACCCCCGACCAGGAGGCCGCCGCCGAGCCCGCCAUCGCCGCCACCAUACCCAUCCACGCCGACUUCGUCAUGGGCGCCGGCCUCAUCGCGCCGCGGGCCACGUUCGCGUGGACCGUCGGCGCGGACGCGACGGAGAGCGCGGCGAGGAAGGUGUACGUCCACGUCCCCAUAACGCAGAACGGGAGAGCGAGAGUCCGGCUCGAUGGCCGCGACGAAGUUCUGAACGAAGGCGACGGCGCCUUUGUCGACGGCGUCAACGCCGGCGAUAAACUGUCGGUCGAGAGUGUCGGCGAGGCCGAAGCAGAGGUCAUAGUCUUGGAUACAGCAUAG